AAGAAGCACAAGAAAGCCAAGCACCCACCUAGUACUGGAUAUGCUACUGCCAAAGUGCAAACUACCAGAGCAUCUGAAGUGCCAGCUCCACUUACCCAAAAUGAUGCUUAUCAUUUUGACUGUCAAAAGCAAAUAUGACAAUUCAGAAUUCUAAAGUUUUACCAUAUAUUCAUAGAGCUAGCUGGCCUCCUUGCUUGAUUAUAAUUUGGCAUCUGCACCACAGGUUUUUUUGAGAUUGAAAGAGAGAGAAAUGGAGGGUUUAGCGAGGAAGGGAAUCAUAGGGUUAAUGUUAGUAAUGGUAGUGAUGAUCACCGUGGAAGGUGCAUCAAGCAAUCUACAUAAGGUGGGCGUAAGAGGAUGGAUCCCUAACUACAACUACACUGAAUGGUUGAAUCAACAGCAUGAGCAUUUCUAUGUGGGUGAUUGGCUCUAUUUUGUGUUUGACAAGCAUUACUUCAAUGUGCUGGAGGUGAACAAGACAAGCUACGAAAGCUGCAACGAUCAAGGCUUCAUAAGGAACAUUACCCGCGGUGGCCGGGAUGUGGUUGAACUCACCGAGGCAAGGCUAUAUUACUUCCUAAGCAGUGGGGGCUAUUGCUGGAAUGGAAUGAAAAUUGCCAUCUCUGUCGAACAACUUCCACCCACCCCAGCUCCUGCUCCGGCCAAAAGUGGCAGCUCUCUGACUCUGUCUUCAACUACUGCCAGCCUGAUGAUUCUCUCCGCCGCUUUUUAUGUUGCUUUAAUUUAGUCUGGACCAGUUUCUUCAUACCAUAGUAGACAGUACAUUGCCAUUCUCUAGGUUCUUGGGUAUUCCAAUUGAUCUUUUUCUUUUUCUUUAGCCUUUGGCCUUCUUUUCUGAAAGAGGGUUUCAUCUUUACCAUUUAAACAAAAAUAGUUUCCUUCUCUCUCGUAUGGUUAGCAUUUGACGGUUGUGAUUUUAUUUUAUUGUAAUUUUUUUUUUUAAGAAUUAACAGUUAUGAUUUUG